AUGAUUCCACCAAAUGAUGACGACCUCUCCCACUCUGUCAUUCUACCAAAUCAUCCCUUCCGAACAUCCACACAUGAAGCCAUGAGAACAUUGUCAGCUGGAGUAGGCAAAGGUUCAAACAAAGCACAAGCAAGACGAUCAAGCCAUACUUCUGUCACCUUGCAAAGUCAAUUUCGAAAUCCAUCAACUACCUCAAUCAACCUUGUGCAACAACAGCAACAGAGAUCCUCCAUUCUUUCCCCUCAAAAGUCAGCACCUGUCAACGGUGGGAAUGUCGAGCAUGAUCUUGUUAUGGAAUCUCCACCGACGAAUACACCCAAGACAACAUUUGCAAGUCGUCUAUCACGGCUGUUCUUGUGCGGUGGCAAUCCUGCAUUGUAUGAACAAGAAGGUGCGAUAGUAUUACAAACCGUAUCACCGGCAAAGAAAACGCAAGUCAGACCAUCAUUGAAAAGAAGAAGUAGCUUCUUUUCCCUUUCUGCAAGAAAUCCAAUGGCGCUCGAAGUAGAGUAUGAAGAAGCAUAUACUACAAGUUCGUCCCCAAUACAGCUCACAACACCCCCAGCAGCAGAUGAUAUUCAGCCAAUCCCGCAACAAUCAACAGCCAAUGUUAACAAAAACAUCCCCACCGAUAAUCUCCAUGAGACACAGGCCGAAAUCAUGCAACCAAUCCAACAGCUUCACGAGGGUGUCAAGAAAGAAGCUCCCAAAGAAUUAGCAUUGCCUCGAGCGCGCAAAUAUGAUACGGUGCCUUCUUCGGAAGCAUGCGAGUAUACAGGGCGUAAAUACUAUAAUGCAACAGAGACGCAAGCUUCUUCUCAGCCACCACUACCACAACCUCAAAAAGAGGAAAGACGAUUGUUUCAAAAAGAUGAAGAACCUCAGGACAAAGGCAAAUUGCCUUUACCGGAGAUGGCACACCGCAGAGAGAGUGCCAGAUCAUUACGAUCCUACGUCUCAUCAAGCAGUCUUUACUCUGCCGCAUCUGCACAAGAACGUGCUUUUGUGAAUACACCUGGGGAGAUUUCACUCGCUGAUGAUUGGGGUAUGGCAGCUUCACCAUCACGUUCCAUCACAUCUACUCAACUUGGUCAAAGUCCGUUUAUGUUUGAUUUGCUCGCAAAGUUUCCCGGUCUCAGUAGCUCUACUACUCAACAACCUUCUGGAUUACGUCAUAUGCUGGGCAGCGAGACAUUCGUAGAAGAGGAAAGGGCCAGAACACCUCAUCCGCCAGGCUUCAUGCCUGACGAAGACAGUGACACAGAAGGAGCAGCAUUUCAGCGAAACAGUAUGUGGCAGAAUGCUCGCAACGAUACCCCUCCAGCAAGAUUGAGAAGAGAAGGCACAACAACGAUGUAUGAAGCGGCAUCGCCAACUUCUUCACUCUCAAAUUCCACUCUGGAAACGCCAAGUCCUCCAAUCGCAACAAUGAACCGAAAGCGAUUGGCCGUGUUGAAUGGAGUACGACUGGAAAACAACUUUGCCGCACGUAUGGCUUCGAUGGACAAUGGAGAUACGGAUUGGCGUGAUAAUUUGAUCGGAUUGUAUACGGAUGAUGAUAUCGUUGUUCCUUUCCCACAAUCCUUAUCUCAGCAACACCGACAAAGCGUUUCGAGCGCCACUGAUUCGUUUCAUUCAACAAAUCCAUAUCAAGCCACAGAGGACAGUGAGACGGAAAGCCGCUCUGCCAAUCAUAAUAACAACAAGCCCGGCAUGCACAUCUCUGCAGAUCACAGCAGACUAUACGAAGGUGCACCUGUCCCACCGCCAGAUGUACCCUUACCUCCAAUCCCUGCACAUCAAAGCAUGGAAGCACACAACCUCUCAAAAAGUCAACGCACCAUUCGAAAAGCUUCAUUGGGACGUCAUCGUGGAAAUAGUGAUGCAAGUGCCCGUUCAAAUGCAACCAUGAAAGCAGGCAGUCGUUCAAAACAUUCCAGGCGUGCCUGA